AUGUCUAUUACUCCCAAGGUAUCCAAAGCAACCAAGGACAAGUUGGCUCGAGAGGAUGCGGAAAUUGCGGCGCUCGAGCGCAAACUAGGCAUCAAGAACCGAAAGUCUCUUCCCAAAUCAUUUGAUGAAGACGGCCUUGGUGAUCUCCUGGGCGACCUAGACGGAGACAGUGAAGUCGAUGAAGAUCUGAGCGCCAAGAGGAAGCGGAAGGCUGAGGCUGACGAGUGGCUGGCUCAAAAGAGACGGAAAGCCUUGCGUCAGACCACGGAACUCAGUGAAGAUAACAGCGCCGAUCUGGAUAGCGAGACGGACCACGACGAUGAUGAUGACGAGGGCAGUGACGAUCUCAACAGUUCAGGCUCGGAUGCCGAGGAAGCAGAGAAGCCAGCCCGGAAACGAGAGAAUCCAUAUGUGGCCCCAACAACAUCGACAGCGCCGGCGCAGAAGUACGUGCCACCAGGUCGACGCCAGGAAAGCGGUUCGGACGCAGAGUUGCUGUCACGUAUUCGAAGGCAGACUCAAGGUCUCAUCAAUCGUCUUACAGAAUCUAAUCUUCUCGCGAUCCUCGGCGAUGUCGAGAAACUAUAUCGCGAGUACCCUCGGCAGCAUGUCACAUCUAUUCUGGUCGAUUUGGUGCUGGUCCAGAUAUGUGAGCCUACAAGUUUACCUGAUACCCUCCUGAUUCUCAACGCCGGCUUCUCCACGGCUGUGUACCAGGUCGUCGGGCCGGACUUUGGUGCUCAGCUGCUACAGCAGACGGUGGAGCGAUUUCAGCACCACUUUGCCCAAGUUCCUGAAGGGGACGCCUCGAGUGUCCCCAAGCAUACUUCGAACUUGAUCACCUUCCUGUCGGAGAUAUAUAACUUCCAGCUUAUCCGCUGCAACUUGAUUUUUGACUAUAUCAAACUCCUCCUCAGCAACCUCUCCGAACAUAAUGCGGAGCUGCUGCUGAGGAUAGUCCGCAUGGCAGGGCAGUCUCUUCGGCGUGACGACCCAUUAGCACUCAAGGACAUUGUGGCCCUCAUAGGGCCCGCAGUCAAGAAACACGGAGAGGGAAAUAUGUCUGUCCGCACUAAGUUCAUGAUCGAAAGCAUCAACGAUCUGAAGAACAAUAAGGUCAAGGCCGGGGCCAGCGCUACAGCCGUGGUACAAGAUCACACGACGCGCAUGAAGAAGCUCCUGGGGUCCCUGCACACAAAAAAACUAAAAGCAACCGAGCCUCUACGCAUCGGGCUGAAGGACAUCGAAGAAUCGGACAAGCGAGGCAAGUGGUGGCUAGUCGGAGCCAGCUGGGCUGGGCGGGACAAGGUUUCCGCAGGCCAGGGCGAGGACGGUGUCGGUGACGGUGCGGACGAUGUGGACAGCGAUGCUCUCAGCAGUGACGACGAGGUGAUGCCUGAUCUGGCCGCUGUCGGCAAACAACACGGCAUGAAUACGGACGUCCGUCUCUCCAUCUUCAUCGCCAUAAUGUCGGCAUGCGACUACGAGGAUGCCUACAACCGGCUGAUGAAGCUGCGACUCAACAAGGACAGGCAGAAAGAAAUCGCCUACGUCGUGAUGCAAUGCACCAGCCUCGAGCCACAGUACAAUCCAUAUUACGCCCUGGUGGCGCGCAAGGUCUGUGGGGACAGCAGGAUCAAGUUUGCGUUCCAGGACAGCCUCUGGAAAUUCUUCCGGCGGCUGGGGGAAUCCCUAUUCGGAGAGGACACGGACGCGGACGAUGAGGACGCAGAGGGAAUCGACGCACAGCGCAUCUUCGGUGUUGCCAAGAUGUUCGGGUUUCUGAUCGCCCAAGGAGCGCUGGGGCUCAGCGUACUGAAGUGUCUCAACCUGGCCUAUGUGCGGCCCAAGACGCGAGAUCUCUUGGAGGUUAUGCUAAUCAUGCUGUUCCUCGAGCUUCCGAAGGCCGAGAACGACGUGGAGAGCGUUGUCGGGCCGGUGGCUGCCAUGCCAGAGCUAUCCAAGGGGCUGCAGUAUUUUUUGAAGAAGAGGUUGGUGAAGUCGGAUUUGUUUGCUAGUAAAAAGGACGGCAGGAAGGUCAAGAAGGCAUGCCAGACUGCGAUUGAGGUACUCCGUGCCAACCCAGGCGUGUCAGGGGCGAUGGACCUGGAGGAGUAG